AUGGCUGAGGUUGACGCUUACGAGGCACAGCAGUUGGAAUCUUUGAGGAAACGACGGAAGACGGGGGCCUACAUUCCUUCCCAGCCGGAGGCUCCGAUCCCGGACCGGACCAUCGCCCUCAACGAAGAGAGUGGCCUCGAGCUCCGCACCUGCCUGGGCGUCUUGUGGCCUGCUGAUUCGUAUGAGAACAAAUUCGGUCGGAAACCCACCGCCAAACAGAUGACUACCAUCAAACAAGGAGGGCAGCAGAUCACAGGAGUUUUGCUUCCGCAGAGCGACGGUAUGGGGCCUGGAUGCACGGAAGUCUUCGACGUGAAGAAAUCCACGGCUUCAAGCGUGACGACCGCUGCUACUUCGGAUACUGCUUUGAACGAGCAGGAAGUCGACGGCGCCUGGAACAGGCUUCGUGACAGCCGCGCCCUCUCGGUGGGUUCGAAGCAAGACGCGGAAGCUGGCGAUGUCUUCGGGUUGCAGGGGGUGAAGCGGAAGGCGGCGGAUGAUUUCGACGAUCUGCUGGAUUUCAGCAACACGAGCUUCUCCUUCGAAGGUAUCUUGGGUGAGUCGGGCAACUUUCAGGCCAAGGAGGUUCAGACGUCAGAGCGCUGCGUGCUGGAGGCGCAACAGAUGUUGACAAACCUCCAGAAUACCGAGACCUUGCAGAUGGUGAAGAGCAAGCAGCUGUCCGCCCUAUCGGACAAGCUGAAGGCACGACUAUCUACUGCGCUGGUCCACCUCUAUACCCAAGGGUAUAACCCGACGGAGAAUUCCCCACCGACGCCAGGCAUGAAGGUUUUGGAAACCCUCCGAGAGAUGCAAGCCUCUCUCGAAGCAGUGGCUCCCUUGGUAUCUGCCCUCGGCAACGACGCAUCCACCGGACGCCAGAUCUGGGAUGAAGCCAGCAAGGCAAAAGGGUCGCACUUUGUUCCGCCUGCGAACCUUGCCGAGAUUGCACUCAGCCGCGACAUCAAUGCAGCUGCAAAGGCUGCUGAUGUGACGGCUUUGAAGAAGUUGCUGGGCGCGACUGCUGAUGAGGGCAACUUCAAUGCAAUGCUCAUCACGAAUGAGGAAGCGAGGAAGGCUUUCCUGGACCGAGAGGUCAUGCGAUUGGUGGCUGAGCUGCUGCGCGAAGAGAACAAGGUCCUGGCGGUCAGAGACUUGCUGGACACGGUGCUUGGGUCCAAGUUGCUUCCCGACGGCAGCGACAUCAAGCUUGAGCUCGAGAAGCUUAUGCCGGUCCUGCGGCCGAUGGACCUGAACAUGCUAUCGAAUGACGAGCUCAAGAACAGGAUCGCGGAAUUUCGAACCAAUCGGGAUCUCCGCCUUCACAAGUGUCUCAACAACUUCGCAACAGGGAUCACGAUCCUGAAGCUGGCCGCCGAAGCUCUCGAGGCCCGAACCAAGGACGUUGCAUUGGAGGAGCAGCUCGCCGAGGUGGUCCGAAGUGUUGCGGAGGAAGUCCUUCCAACGCAGAGCGACGUCGACUUGAUGAACUCAACUGCAGAGAAGCUCGGCAACGCUUUUGACAAGAUUGCGGAAAUCAGGCACGCGGCCAGUGCCGAGUUCUGCGUUCGUUCAAACGACAAGUUCACGCAGGUGUCCGACAAGCUCAAGGUCCAAGGUAGGGACAGCAACCACAUGCAGGUCUUUGCGAGCUUCGUCCGCGCAUCAGCUUCGGCGCUCGCCGUUGGAGAGCUGCAGCAGAUCUUCACGUGGGCCAAGGAGAUCAUGCAGAUGGCCCAAUCCAACGGCGACGCGGAUGACUUGGCCAAGAUGAUCAAGGAGGCGGAGCAGUCGUGCGGGAAAGUUGUGACGGGCAUCGUGGAGCCGUGCGAUUUGAUGCUGGCCAGGGUCAUGGAAAUCGAGGACCUCAAAGAGCCGCGGGAAUUCCUCGAAAAUUUCAGCAACCUGGCGAAAAUCAUUGCGGCCAACUUGACUACUUUGGCAAAGGCUUCAGUGGUCGAUGGCUCUGAAGAUUUCCAAGCCCUGGUGGAGCUUCUGGAGAAGCCUACCGAGAACACUAAGUCGCUGACCGGCUUUGAGGGCUUCCAUGAAGUUGCGAAAGGCCGUGUGCAGUUCCUGUUUGAAGCUUCGUUGGUGUCCAUGCUGAAGCCUCUGAUGAAAGCUCCAUGGAUGAAGCAAGUGAUUGAACGGAUCUGCUUGAUGGUGUCAUCCGUCUCAGUUGAUCUUUGCCCUGCUGACCCUGUGGACUUUAGGACGGAGGAGUUCGCGGCCGCAAGGGCCAAAGCUGAGUCUUUCCAGAAGGCUUUUGGAGCAUGCAAGGGUCGCAACCUCUCGACGGCGGUGGCUGCACUCGCUGAGCUGGAAAUCCCGGAUGGCAAAUCGGUUCCCUUGUGGUUGCUGUGUUGCUUGCCAAGGCUGUGGCAAGUGGUUGCCGAGGUGAAAGGCAUUGCCCAGUUGAAGAACGAGCUCGAAGGAGUGAACACACGCGAAAUUACCUACGAGGACUUCGCUUCGAAAGCCUUGAAAGUGCAGACUAUGGCGGACAAGCUCCUGUGCAGCCUUCGCAAGUUGGAGGAGCCCGAUAAAGACACAGGCUUGAAGAUCAUGGUCGUGCAGGUGACGGAAUCAUUGACUGUGGAUGGCCUGAAGCGCUUUGCAUCGGAGCUGAUUGCGUGCGUCGCAAAGCGCUUGGAGGAGUGCGAAGCAAAAAUCAAAGAGAUCAUGGAGGCUGACGGCUUGAAGAAUCUCAAGGAGAAGUUGCAGUCCUGUGACAACAUGACAUCCUUAUCGGAGCUUCUCCCGACGGCGCAAAGCCAGGACACGAAGAAUCUCCAUGCGCAAGUGAAAUCCCUCGAGCGCUUGAAGGAGAAUACGAAGGCUGUCACUCCGCUGAGUGCGUUGGCUCCCGCAAACUUGACCGUCGACAGCGAUCUGUACCUCUCCUGCCGCACGCUUGUGUGUGAGUUGGCUGCCAUUCAAGGCCUGUGCAGGCCGCUGAAGCAAGACGAGAACCGUGGGGAGCUCGCUCGACGAGCUCGCCUGAUGAUCGUGACAAAGGGCGACGUGACUGUGGAGAAGAACUUGGACCUGCUGUUGAACAAAGUUGCAGCCGAAAGCGGCAGCAACCGAGCCCGGUGA